AUGAAGAAGAUUCCGAUCAUAUUUGAAGGUGAUCUAGCUAAAACCGCAGCACGAUAUAUAAACAAAGACGAUCGUAUUCAUGUCUCCGGGAAGCUGUUUAUUGAUUCCCCUCCUCCAAAUAUGACUUAUGCUCAAUCCAAUGUCCAGGUGCUGGUACAGAGUCUUGAUUUUGUACAGCCUGCUUCUCCGCCUAUGGUUACAUCAUUAUCUGAGACGGAAGAAAGUGGCGUCAAGAAGCUGCCUGAUCUGAGCAAGGCUUUUAGGGAGCUAGUGAAACCAAGACAUCCUGAUUUCAAAAACAAGGACAGCAGUAUCUCAUUGUGGCUCAAUAAGGCUCCUGACUGGGUUUUGCCAAAACUCGAAGGACUCGAGAUUGAUGUUCUUGUCCCAAAAGCCAGAAUAGUGAAACAACUUAAAGGAGAAGAAUCAUGGAGAGACUUGGUUCAAAAUCCGGAUAAAUGGUGGGACAAUAGAAUUGACAAGAGAAAUGCCAAAGCCCCAGACUUCAAGCACAAGGAGACAGGUGAAGCACUGUGGCUAAAUGAGUCUCCUACUUGGGUUUUACCAAAACUGCCACCACCAGUCAAGAAGAGACAAGAAACUCAAUACAAAGUAUCUCUCAAAGAGGAUAUGGUACCAAAAUCUCUAAUGCAACCGACAACGUUCAACAAGCUUAACUUGGGAGAAAAGGGGAUAGUUCUCGUCUUUUAA